AUGCAGACUGCUUCUACAAACAUUUGUGAAAGACUGUGCAAUAAGUCCGUCCAUGAAAUGUACUUACUACUAAAUAUUCCACGGUCAACUGUUAGUGGUAUUACAACAAAGUGGAAGCAACUGGGAAGAACAGCAACUCAGCCAUUAAGUGGUAGGCCAUGUAAAAUGACAGAGCGGGGUCAGCGCAUGCUGAAGAGCACAGCGUGCAGAAGUCGCCAACUCUCUGCAAAGUCAAUAGCUAAAGACCUCCAAACUUCAUGUGGCCUUCAGAUUAGCACAACAACAGUGCAUAGAGAGCUUCAUGGAAUGGGUUUCCAUGGCCAAACAGCAGCAUCCAAGCCUUACAUCACCAAGUGCAAUGCAAAGCGUCGGAUGCAGUGGUGUAAAGCACGCCGCCACUGGACUCUA